AUGCUUAUCAAAGAAACCAAUAGACCACCGACAACAAACGAUCAAUAUCAGCAUUCGGAGACAAUCUGGCGUGUUAUUCUUGAUGUUAUUAGUCUCUCAAUCUUACUCGCUGUAUCGCUCGUUUCACAUUAUCUCAUUCAACCAUUUACACGCGGAUUCUUUUGUUCCGAUACAUCAAUAAGAUAUCCGUAUAAAGGUGACACGAUUCCUUUCUAUGCAGCAGCUAUUCUAUCAGUUGUACUCCCGAUUGUUUGGAUGUGGAUAACAGAAUUUUCUAAGCGUUUUUAUUUCAAUCGAUAUCCCAACCAAGUAUUUUUAACACGUUUAGAAUUCUGCGGUGGAAGAGUAACAACUAUUACACCAUUUGUUCGUAAUUUAUAUAUUCUGACCGUUGUCUUUGCUUAUGGUUAUCUUUCUACAUGGGUUUUAACGGAAAUCACCAAGAAUUUUGUGGGCGAAUUAAGACCACAUUUUCUUGCGGUAUGUCAACCGACGAUUGAUUGCUCAACUCUGUCGUUAAAUCAGUUUAAUUCGUAUUUACAAUUUGGAAUUAAUUAUACAUGUUUAAACACUGAUUCUGGACUUGUGCGAGAUGCUCGUCGAUCAUUCUUCAGUGGACACACUUCGCCAGUCUUUUUUGGUUUCGGUUGGUUGGUUAUGUAUAUUCAUGUGGCAUGGUCAUGGCGUCAUCUUGGUAUUAUUGGUCAUAUAUUUCAAACUGGUCUCGCUAUACUUGGCUUGUAUAUUGGUUAUUCUCGUAUAUUUGAUUUUCAUCAUCACUGGAAUGAUGUGGAUGCUUACGAUAUUGAGACUGAAGAAUCUUUGGAAAUGUCCGAUGAUGAAUCCCAUCAUGAAGAAAUUCCGAGUUUGAUGGACGAACCAAUGCCAGAAAUUCAACCUGGCUCAUUUAUGUGA